AUGGACUUGGAAAUAGGGCGAGUCUCUAUAUGCCUGGACGAUGGGCAAUAUAUGGCGUUUUCGGAUAUUGUGUACGAGAUUAAACCCCGUUUGGGUAGAUCAUGGUUUAAGAAAAAUCUACAAAAACAAACGAUACUCAAUGGCGCAGUUGGUGCGAUUCGACCAGGGCGAUUGACAUACAUCCUGGGUCCUUCAGGAGCCGGCAAGACAUCUCUUCUCAAAAUAUUGGCAGGAAGGAAGAAAACUGGUGUAUCCGGAACAGUCGUCGGAGCAGGAAGUGAUAUUGUAUUAGUCCAACAACAUGCUACCCUCAUCGGUACAUUGACGGCAAAGGAAACCCUUUUAUUCGCGGCUGCUUUAAAAUUACCCAACGCCACUCGUUAUGAACGGAACUAUAUUAUAGAAACAGUAACAAAACAACUGGGCAUCAAUGACAUUUUUAAUACAAGAGCAGGCAAACUUUCUGGUGGUGAGCGAAAGCGACUAACUAUAGCUUGCGAGCUGCUUACAAAUCCACAUAUAAUGUUACUGGACGAACCUACAAGUGGUCUGGACUCAGUAUCUUCAAUGUCAGUGGCUCAAUCCUUACGUGCAGUAACAAACGGUGGGCAUACAGUCGCCUGUGUUAUUCAUCAGCCAUCCUCCCAACUGUUCGCAUCCGGUGAUGAUGUCAUCCUCUUAGCAGCUGGAAGGACGUUGUAUGCCGGCGCCAUAUCUGAUCUACCUGAUAGCUUGAAUAGAGCCGGUUUCCUGUGUCCGCAUUAUUAUAAUUUAGCCGAUUUUAUACUAGAAAUAGCAAGUGGAGAGCAUAGUGGCAACAUAGAUACUUUGGAGAUGGAAGCAAAAGUAUAUGCAUUGGAGAUGAAAAAAAUUGCCGAAGGGAGUGUUCAACAAACGAAUGGGAAAGAUAAGUCACCAGAAACAGUGGCACUGUUAAAUACGAAUUCGUCGUUUGAGAGCAAAGGAUAUUUAGCUGGGUUUAGUCAGCAAAUGAGGGCAUUGCUGUGGCGAGGUUACCUUGGAGCAUUACGUGAUGUGCAUUUAACUCAGAUUCGAUUAGUAACACAUUUCCUAGUAGCGAUUCUAUUGGGUGCGCUCUACAAUGGUGCAGGACAAGAUGGCGGACGAACGGUUUCAAAUACGGGCUGUCUCUUUUUCUUUCUUCUUUUCCUGUAUUUCUCCAAUGCAAUGCCUACAAUACAUAGAUUUCCAGUGGAAGCAUCGGUAAUCCUACAAGAACAUUUGAACAAGUGGUAUUGUCUAUCGACGUACUGUGCGACUAAGAUCAUAGUCGAUUUUCCUAUUCAGUUGUUAUGUGCAACGGUGUUCGUAUUUCCGGCUUGGUACCUCACGUCUCAGCCCUUGGAAGUCGAUCGUUUGGGCCUUGCGUGGUUAAUAUGCGUACUGGUUACCAUAUUGGCGCAAACAUUCGGCCUCGUGAUUGGCGCAGCGUGUGAUGUUGAGUUGGGCCUCUUCGUGAUACCAGCAGCGAACAUUCCUAUGCUGAUGUUUUCUGAAUUCUUCAUCCCAUACAAAGAAAUGCCAUCAUAUCUCCAACCGUUCGCACUAAUUUCCUAUUUCCGUUACGCGUUCGACGCUUUUAUGCAGACCGUAUACGGUUUCGGUCGGUCGAAAUUACCCUGUUAUAAAAUAAUCUGUUUAUUCCGUGACCCGAAAUAUUAUCUCGAUUAUUUGGGUUUGACCGGAAAUUUUGUUAAUGACGUCUUAGCACUUGUUAUUUGGACAUUGUUACUACAGUGCACUUUAAUAUGCGUUUUGAAAUACCGAGUGUAUAAAGCAUGUAAAUAG